CAGCCCGGGUCCCAGCCCCUGUUCCCGCCCCCGCCCUGGAGUCAACCUCUUCCCUGUUUCCCUCCCCAUCCGCUGCGGGCACUCGCUUGCCUCCGGUGUGCGCGAGACUACGCCGCUCCCCAGGCACUUCAGAACAGCAGCAGCAGAAAUGGCAAGUGUGGAGCAGCGAGAGGGCACCAUCCAAGUGCAGGGCCAGAGCCUCUUUUUCCGGGAGGCACGGCCUGGAAGUGGGCAGGCCACUGGCUUCUCUGUGCUGCUACUGCAUGGUAUCCGCUUCUCCUCUGAAACCUGGAAGAACCUUGGUACACUGCACAGGCUGGCCCAGGCUGGCUACCAGGCUGUGGCCAUUGAUCUGCCAGGUCUGGGCCACUCCAAGGAAGCAGCAGCCCCUGCUCCUAUUGGUGAGCUGGUUCCUGGUAGCUUCCUGAAGGCUGUUGUGGAUGCCUUGGAGUUGGGCCCCCCAGUUGUGAUCAGUCCAUCAUUAAGUGGCAUGUACUCCCUGCCGUUCCUCACGGCCCCUGGCUCCCAGCUCCGGGGCUAUGUGCCAGUGGCCCCCAUCUGUACUGACAAAAUCAGUGCUGCGGACUAUGCCAAUGUGAAGACUCCGGCCUUAAUCGUAUAUGGAGACCAGGACCCCAUGGGUCACACCAGCUUUGAGCACCUGAAGCAGCUGCCCAACCACCGUGUGCUAGUUAUGGAGGGGGCUGGGCACCCCUGUUACCUGGAUAAGCCCGAGGAGUGGCAUGCAGGGCUGCUGGACUUCCUGCAGGGGCUAGCAUGAGGCUCAGCCUUGCAGAUGGGGGUGGACUGCCUUCCUGCCUGCCUUGGGAAUCUCUCUCUUCUCCUACAUGGGCUCUGGCUUAUGCACAUGCAACAGGUUUGUCUGUCUAUAAGUCUAUAUGGAGUCUUGUCUUUUGGGGUCUGUCUGCCUUUUUUCUGAUUUCUCUUGCAGUGACAGAUUGAGAAGGUAAAAUCAAGAGUGGGGAAAAAACCCUCAGGAAUUGAGGAACAUAACCUGGUGAAGGGUAAUUGAUGAGUUUCUCCUACAGGCUUUUCUGCUUGGCCUUAACUCCUUACUCUGCCCUGCCCUCCCCUGCCCUGCCCUCCCCUGCCCUCCCCUCCCCUGCCCUCUCCUCCCCUCCACCUCCACCUCCUUCUUUAAGCCCUACAGGCCAGCCACUCCCUCCUCCACUUCUCUAGCCCUCUUAGGCCACUUGCAUGCUUACACAUUUGAAUCUAUGUUCCCAAAUAGGACCUUUCACCUGAGAGCCAAACCAUACAGGUAUAUGUAACUCGACUGGCACGCACAUUCUCAUGUGUAGUGUGCAUUGCAUGCAUAUAACACAAGUGCUUACACAGGUACACUUCCACACAUGCAGACCUCACUGGGGACCUCACAUGCCAUCCCUUGCUGGUGACUCUCUUGCUAUGCUCAGGAUGUGGCCAGCCCGAGGCUCCACCCAUAGGUUGCAACUGGUCCCAGCUCAGAAUUGCCCCCUUCCUUCUGGGCGUUCCACACUUUCCCAGGUUAUUAGGCCUGGGUCUUCUCAGCUAAGCUUGUUUCCUGCCCUGAGGUUUGGGGGUUGGGGUAGGAAGAUGGAUUGUAAAGGUCGGUGAAAUAAAGUGCUGCAAUUAGA